GACACAACUGUGAGAUUAGGCACAGGAGCACUGCGAACAGACGCAGACCCUGGCAGUCAGACACUGCAGACAGACAUAGACACUGCAGACGCUGGUAGUCGUCACCGUGCAGGGAGCCAUGCCCUGCAGACAGAGACUCUUCAGGGAGGCGCUCGGGCAGCAGGGGGCGACACCCACGGAGGGGGCUGCUCGGCCGCCCCAGGCGGCGAUGGCCUCCGAGGUGGGCGGCGUGGCGGCUCCAGGCCGGGCCGGCGGCGGCAGCAGCAGCAGCAGCGGCCUGAGCGGUGCGCGGAGACGCUCGGACCCGCGACGUCAGGCGGCGCUCAGCUUCCUCACGUCCAUCUCCCUGGACGGGAGGCCCUCGCAGGGCCGCGCCGAGCCCGAGACCCCGGCGGCCUCCGUCUUCUCGUCGCCGCUUCUGCUACCGCUGCCGCCGCCGUCGUCGGCGACCCCCGUGGGCCCCGCGGGCCGCGAGUCCCCGCUCUUCUUCCCGGCGACCGGGCCCACCGCGGGCCUCGGGGGCAGGCCCCGCGUCCCGGGCGGUGGUGUUGGUGGUGGUCCCGGGGCCGUGGGUGCGGCCUCGGGCCCCGCGCCGUGCCCCGCGUGCCCGGCGAGCCGCGCGCUCAGCCCCGUGGAGGUCCCCGACCCGCUCCGAGCCAGCGUGCCGAGUCGGCGCCGGCUGCUGUCACGAUCGUCGGUGGACACCCUGGAGGAGAUCGAGGAGAACGCGCCGCUGCGCAGGUGCCGCACGCUCUCGUGCUCCCCGCGACCCAAGGCGGCGCUCAAGAAGGUUCACUUCAUCAAGAACAUUCGGCAGCACGACACUCGCAACGGCAGGAUCGUGCUGGUCUCCAGCAAGCGCUCGCUGUGCUCCGUCUUCUCGGUGGUGCCGUACCGAGACGCCAACCCCUUCGGGGAGGUGCGAUCGGACGGCACCCGACAGCGCCACCACUCGGGAGGGCACACCAGCUACCCGGAGCGUGCCGGGUCUCUGGGCUGGCUGGAGGGCGUGAACCUGGGAGCGGACGGGGCAGUAGUGCACGAGGCCGUGUCGUACGCCCAGUUCCUGCACCCAACCAGCGCGCUCGUCACACGGCGGGCCCACGCAGCCGGCGAGGGGGCGACCGUGCCAGCACGCGGCGCCCGCGCGGGGACCGCGCCGGCGCCGCACCGACAAGCGCCACACCAUGCCGAGUCCGGCGAUCGUGUGGGUUACGACCCUGACUUGCUGGAGGACCCACAGUGGCCAUGUGGGAAGCACAAGCGAGUGUUCAUCUUCCCCUGCUACAUGACGACCAUCAUCGAGUACGUGCGCCCGUCCGACCUGAAGAAGGACAUGAACGACACAUUCAAGGAGAAGUUCCCGCACAUCAAGCUCACGCUCAGCAAGAUCCGCAGCCUGAAGGAGGCGAUGCGGCGGCUGGCGCGCGACGACUGUGGACUGGAGGAGGGCGCCGUCGCCAUGGCGCACGUGUACUUUGAGAAGCUGGCGCUGCGUGGGAAGCUGAGCAAGCAGAACCGCAAGCUGUGCGCCGGCGCCUGCCUGCUGCUCGCCGCCAAACUGGCCAGCGACCUGCGGCGCCGCGACGUCAAGCUGCUCAUUGACAAGGUGGAGGAGCGCUUGCGGCUGAGCCGCCGCGAGCUGCUGGAGUUUGAGUUCCCAGUGCUGGUGGCGCUGGAGUUUGCGCUGCACGUGCCCGAACGUGAGGUCAUGCCGCAUUUCCGCCGCCUGUCGGUGCGGGACUGAGCUCCGCGCCGCCGAGCUUGGCAAGGCGUGGCAAAGCACGGCGUCGGGAGAUGUCGCCUGUCGGCAAAACCCACGUCCGUGCGGUCGAGGCGGAGCCAACAUUAAGAAACUUUGUUGAGCAGUGGCACCGGGAGGUCAGAAAGACAUGGGGAGCCAUGGACACGCCGCGUCGUCAUCCUGAUCAUUGUUACCGGCUCCUGGCUUGGCUCCGCAGCCAUCCUACCGUGAUGCUGCAGGAGUUUCGGGUGUCCCAAGGGGUCGCAGCGAGCGCCCGCCUGACGACCUCAAUAGCCGCGUUUACAUGACCCUCCCUUUGCGUCCAGGGAGGUCAGGGAGGCUCAACGUGGGAGGCACCACGUGGGCACCGGCUGAGCAGUGCUCCCGGGCCGUGCUCGCGGACACCUGGGCACUAUCUCCAGGCAUCAGAAAUGCAACAACAAUAAAAUAAAUAACAGUUUAAUUAAUCAUUCCUAUCGUUUGCGUUGACGUCACGCACAACUUCCUGUUCGCAUCCUCGUUGCUGGCCCGAUCUGUGUGGUUUACCCACACCUGGUUUGGUCGGUUUCGCGUGGUCACAGGUAGGGAGUCGCACUCCUCCCUAGGGCUGUGUCGCGGCCACAUUUUGUGCACUUUGCCCACCUGAAUUCCUGCCCGGUGGCGUCAGUAAAACGGUGGCCGGACGACCGAGCGCGCAGGUACCACGGCAACCCAAGUUCUCGCGCCACGCCACAGAGAUUAACAAACCGCGGACAGUGCGUGAUGAUGCGGUGUGGCUCCGAGGCAGCUUAUAUGUAGCUACUAGCUGAUGCUGAUUGCUAGAAUUUUAAAGAUCAAACUUAAUGUGCACUCUACCAAAGUGUUUGUAUUAUUCAAGAGGGUUGCGCCGAGUGUACGCCCAAUGGAGUGAACGGUUCGCCGAUGACGUCACCUUUCACCGGUUUCUUGACAUCGGCCAGCGCCCUCGCUCCUCACUCAUUGCUAGAAAACGAAAUGCACUGCCGGGUCACUUACGGUGGGGUAAAGUGUGGGUAACCCCACCUCCGGUAAUGAGUGUUAAUCUUGUCCAAUGAACAUUACAGACGAAAAUAUUCGUCAAAGUAUUUUUACUUUUUUUUACUACGAGUGGACGAAAGUCAGGGGGCGAUGAUGGCGACUGCAGCUGCUACCCCAACGAAGACUAAAGCGCGACCGACUGAUGAGAAGUCAAAGAUAACUUUGUAACGACAUCGGAGAAUGCAGUGCACGGAGCGUUCUCCUCGACUCGACUGAAUAACUAAACCAAAUCCACAGACUAAGGCUCGACUCGAUUUCCAUUGGUCGACUUCGCUUAGACUACGACUAAAAUAUCAGGUGGUGACUAAACUUGAUGCUGGUUCUAAUCUGUCGGACCAUAACACAAGCUGGAUAAACCCCACUCUAUGAGAAAGACAUUUACAUUCAGUGCUUUGGCCGCUAUGGAGAGGGAUUACCUGUGUGCAAGUGUUAUCUGCGUAUAUGCGUGUGGUCAGCUUCUCCAGGUUUCCCCCAACAGACGAGCGCGUGGCCUUGCCGCUGGUAGGCCAGGUGUUGCCGUACGCUCUGAGGUUCUCAACAUUUCUCCGCUCCGAUUAGCACAGUUGGCUAUGUAAGGUGCGAAGGAAGUUUAACGUACAUACUUGAAGCUGCACAUCGGAUGCAUUUCACGAGCAUCCCUGGCCAGGAAUGGCGGGAUUUUGCGAUGGACUUUUUUUUCCCAGUGUACGACCGAGCCGUGUCGGGACCGUGCAGGGUUCGCCUGGUGCCACCCUGGUCCUGCUGGGCCCUGAGCCAGAUUCGGAUGUCUUGCGAUACCAGAGCAUCCCGGUUUGGUUCUGGCUCGGCUCGGCAAAGAGCCAGUGGAAAACCACCGCCCGUACCGUGAGGGGUCCCACUCUGGCUCGGCUCGGAUGUGCCAGUGGAAAAGGUUAUUUCAGAGCAAGGGAACAUCUGUGUCUUCUUAUAGCUUUAUUAUUGAGUCAGAAUAUCUGUUUUUCAUUGUAUGUAGAGCUUAGUUAGUGUACUCUUGUUGUGUCUAUGAGGUAUGGGUGUGAUGUCGAGUGUUUCUUGAGGAUAAAGCUUUUAUAGGCAGCGAUAAUUUGCAAUUCACGCAGCUGGAAGGGUUGGAGUUGUGGCAGUGAUUUGCACACUGCGCUAUGAACCUGGUAUCCCCAGUUCGAUUCCCAGCCGUGGCUAACAUCAGUGGUAAGUGAAACACAUACCGGUCCUGGGCUCUCCCUUCAACCUGUGUUGACCGAUAUGGUGAAGUAUGGUCAAACAACCCCCAUGAGCAACAUGGGGGCCUUCACCUAGCAGUGGUUUUAUAAAGGACUGUAAUGUUUAAAGUAAUACAAUAUCAGGUCUCCAUUGCAAACACACUUAAUGGAUUGUGGUUAAAUAAAGGAUUUUGUUCAUAUCAA